AUGAAGGAUGAGCGGAGUAAACUUUAUAUACUGCAGGGGACACCCGGGGCGGAGGCCCGGAGGGCGGGACAGCGCAACCCGGCUCCUCCCUUAACUGAGCGGGCCGAAGCUUCGACUCGCCUCUUCCACGCCUUCCUCGUCGCCGCACCACAGAGCAGCCUGCAGGGUGUGUGGGGGCGAUGGCGCCGCUUCGUCCCCCGGAAUGCGAUGAGCCUCACCUACAACCCGAAGAGCCUGAGGUGGGUGGAACCUGGGGCAGCCAAAGUUCUGAGGCGACCCAAAGAUAAAAUUAUCACAGAUGGUUGUCUAGGAAUGUUACCAAAGCUUUCCCAGGCUCUAUUUUUAAAUGACCAUAGUAAACAAUCAAAUCUCCUGCUUCCAGAACCUGUUGAGUCAAAAUACCAACACCUUCGGAGAGUUCAGCAUCAAAAGGUGAAACUGCUUGAAAAUGGCUGUCAACAACAAAUUGUCUUUAAACCAUAAGACAUUCUUUAUAUGACCUUGGGUUUAAGUGUCUGCAGGAAGACGUGUCUUGUCAAUGAAAGAUUAAUACCAAAGGAACAGAAUCUGUGGACAGCAUAUCACAAGUAUGACCCGAUCUUUUUUCACUCCACUGGAAACUGAUUUAGUUCUAGAUGCUGGGAUGGGGCACUCAUUGAUGGAAAUGACAAAGGAAUAUCAAAAAUUGUACCCAGAGAUCAACCUGGCCCUUUAAGAAUGAAUGGCAGUUCAUGUACACGGUUAAUAUCAGAAAUUCACAAUCCUCUGGUAUUCACAACAUACUCUGGACAGUAUGUUGAUAAUUGUUCAGAUGACAGAGCCACUAAUGUCUGCUAUCAGGAACUUGGUGUGCCUGCAGUUUUCCCUAGAGAACUGAAGCAUCUCCCAAACAUUUCCUGCAGUUGCAACAAAGACUCCUCUCCCCAGAUUGCCUAG